UUCCUGGACCUUUGGGCCGCCUGCUGCCGCCGCCGCUUUCGUCCUCCCGCCCGGACGGGCCCCCGACCCCCCGCGCGCGCUCCUCGCCGCCCAGCAGAAAUGACAGUUUACUUAUAGGAACUGCUUGAAAGAAGAGUCAUGGUGGAUGUAGCUAAGUGGCCAAUAUUUACUCUCCUUUCGCCUCAAGAGAUUGCAUCCAUUCGGAAGGCAUGUGUCUUUGGUACAUCAGCCAACGAAGCCAUCUAUGUUACCCAUAGUGAUGAGGUGUUUGUGUUUGGAGUGAACUGCAGUAACUGCCUGGGGACUGGAGAUAAUCAGAGCACAAUAGUGCCCAAAAAGCUAGAACUCUUGAGUGGAAAGAAGAUUAAGAGUCUUAGUUAUGGAAGUGGACCUCAUGUUCUCCUCAGUACAGAAGAUGGUAUUGUUUACGCCUGGGGUCAUAAUGGAUACAGCCAGCUUGGGAAUGGAACAACCAAUCAGGGCAUUGCACCAAUUCAGAUCUGCACCAAUCUGAUGAUCAAGCAAGUGACUGAAGUAGCAUGUGGCUCCCAUCACUCUAUGGCCCUGGCAGAUGAUGGGGAGGUAUAUGCCUGGGGUUAUAACAACUGUGGUCAGGUUGGGUCUGGAUCUACUGCCAAUCAGCCAACUCCUCGCAAAGUCACCAACUGUCUGCACAUUAAGAGGGUGGUCAGCAUUGCUUGUGGUCAGACCUCCUCCAUGGCUGUGCUGGACAAUGGUGAGGUGUAUGGCUGGGGCUAUAAUGGCAACGGCCAAUUAGGCCUGGGCAACAAUGGCAAUCAGCUGACUCCUUGUAGGGUGGCGGCUUUGCACAGUGUUUGUGUCCUGCAGAUUGUCUGCGGCUAUGCACACACAUUAGCACUAACAGACGAGGGUUUGCUCUAUGCCUGGGGAGCUAACACUUAUGGGCAGCUAGGAACUGGCAAUAAAAGUAACCUGCUAAGCCCGGCCCAGAUCAUGGUGGAAAAAGAAAGGGUGGUAGAGAUUGCAGCAUGUCACUCUGCCCACACGUCCGCAGCCAAGACCCAGGGCGGCCAUGUAUACAUGUGGGGCCAGUGCCGGGGGCAGUCAGUGACCCUUCCUCACCUCACCCACUUCUCCUGCACGGAUGAUGUGUUUGCCUGCUUUGCCACUCCCGCUGUGACCUGGCGCCUCCUCUCUGUAGAACAUGAAGACUUUUUAACAGUUGCAGAAUCCCUGAAGAAGGAAUUUGAUAGUCCGGAGACGGCAGAUCUAAAGUUUCGAAUUGAUGGAAAAUACAUUCACGUCCAUAAAGCUGUUUUAAAAAUACGAUGUGAACAUUUUCGAACUAUGUUUCAGUCGUACUGGAAUGAGGACAUGAAGGAGGUGAUAGAAAUAGACCAGUUUUCUUACUCAGUAUAUCGUGCCUUUCUACAGUACCUUUACACAGACACAGUUGAUCUGCCACCCGAAGAUGCUAUAGGUCUCUUGGAUCUGGCUACGUCUUAUUGUGAAAAUCGACUGAAGAAACUUUGUCAGCACAUCAUCAAGAGAGGAAUUACUGUGGAGAAUGCCUUUUCUCUUCUCUCUGCUGCAGUCAGAUAUGAUGCGGAGGAUUUAGAAGAAUUCUGCUUUAAGUUUUGCGUCAAUCAUUUGACAGAAGUCACACAGACUGCAGCAUUUUGGCAAAUGGAUGGCCCUCUACUGAAGGAAUUCAUUGCUAAAGCCAGUAAAUGUGGAGCCUUUAAGAACUGAAGCACCUGGCUGUGAGUUCUCUAUCUGACCCCUAGGGCAGGGCCAAUCAGUUGGCCCCGUUUGCGUUCUAUGGGCCGAUGUGAUUCUGCAGGUAAAAACAAACUGUCGUAUUAUAACCGAGAUCCGAUUCUCUCUGUAAAAACACAUGAAGGAUGUACUGUGUUCAUCUGUACCCACUUUGAAUGAGUGAACCACUUUAUGCCUGAGGGGCGCCUACAGAAAUGUGACCUUUUUCGUGUUUUGACUGGAAGCUGUGAAAAGGAUUUCCCAUUCAGAGUAGAACAGGCCGAAAAGUAGAAGGUUAGGACGGUAAAAGGCUUUUGGGGAUGACAGAGCUGAUUAACUCUAUGGUGCCAGGAGCUGGGACGUGACCCAGAGCAUCUGUUAGCAUUCUGACCUGACUCUGGGACCUCCAGAUUUCUUUAGCUUCUGGGGCCUGCAGGCGGCAAGGCCUUAGUUGAAGGAUUUGCUCACUUGGCAGGGUCGGAUUUAUAGGAAGGAGCAAGGGAGAUAGCCGUCGUUCUCAGACUUGCAUUAUUAUUUUUUCCUCAUUUUCUAAGCUAUAAAAUAAUUUGGUUUAUAAAUGAAUCCAGUUUGGCACAUAUUUCAAUUAAACUGCACAAGUAGGGCUGAACAGGAUUUGCUCAAAUUGUGAUCUUUCUGGAAGUAGUAGGAUAUAAAGACUCCAGUUGAGUAAUAGCUAAACAGCCAAAGGAGCAUGGGGACCCUAAUGACCUUUUAAAUGGAGAAAAGGAAAACGUCUGUUCAGAGUUAGGGGACUCUGAUUCCAAUUAUUAACAAAACCUGAAUAAAAUAUGGUCACAUUCUCUUCUAGUUAGUUCAGUACUUUGAAUUCAGGUGGUAUAUUUAUGACUUUACCUCUGUGAAAUUACCUAUAAUAAAGCUAAACUUUUAAACAAGACUUUCCACUAUUUCCACUUUGAUAGGCAACUACUAGUCCAACGUUCCCCAUACAUGACGACUCCAUUAUUCUAGAACCCAGAAGCAGGCCUGCAAAAAUAUUAAGUGAAGAAGUGUAUUUCUCUGCCUUAACUGACAGUUUUAAAAAAAAUCUUUCAAGACCACUUUCUGCUGAGGCUUAACAGGAUUUUCCGGGAUCUGAUAGAUUUGACCAAAACUUUAACUACAGCAUCAUCUUACAGUUUUCUUCCCGCUUUUCACUGGCCUCAGGUGAAAGAUUCUAGGUGAUACACUCGAGUUUACAAAACACCUUAAUUUUGUGGUCUCCCUUCGAGACAAAGAAACAUUGCUUUUAAGCAGUAGUGUGGAUUACUUUUUAAAAUUGAAUUUUAGAAACUUGACUUAAGGAAAAUUGCUGAGUUUGUGAAAAAUGUGAAAUUUAGCUAUUCUGGGUUUUAAGAUGUUCAUUUUUUCAGCUGCUUCUCCCUUCCUACCCUGUCCACUCCCCUCAGUCCAUUGUGCUGGUUGUUUCCUGUUCAGACAACAUAGAGGGGAGGGGCUCAAUUUUGAAACCAAAUGAACUUCAUUGUAAACUGGGAUAAGAAUGCUUAGUGGGGGCUACAGUGCUAUUUUCAGCAACUGCACUUCUCAGUGAAAAGGAGGCAGAAAGAUACAACUGUAGCUUGAAUAGUAUAUAAGAAGCAGAGUUUUUCUGACCUGAUCAUAAAAUACAUAAAUGAGAUUCUAUAAAUAAUUGAGAUGUAGGGAUUAUUAAAUUAGAAUUAGCCAUGCAGAAUAAUGGAUUCUAUCUCGGAAGGGGAAGAAAUGCAUAUUAAUUUGACAGCCAGAAUGGUGGUAGGCAUGGGGCAUAAUGUAGCUGUAUCUGAAUAAUUUUGGAUCCUGAUCAUUGAAAUAGCUCUAUUUUUACUACAGAUUUGUGACUUUGAAGCAAGAUGCUGAUGGUCACUGUUUUUUGGAGUAAUCUAAUUUAUUUUUAAAGUAUUGGUUUAGUUCCUUUCAGAAUUAACCAUGUCUAUGCGUGGCAAUAUCUCCACUUCAUCUUUUUCCACCUUGCAAGAGGAAAUGAAAUAAACUAGGGAGGUGUGACUGACAUAAAUAAGGUUCUAAGAAAUGAAAGCGAAGCAUGAAAAACCACAACACGAUGUACAAGUAAGUAUGAGGAGUCAGAAAAGCUUCUGGGUUGGUGGGUGAGGAAGAAGCCAGAUCUUCCUGAUGUGAGGAUGUUAAAUAAUCCUCACAUUUUGUUUUCCUCUUUAAAGGGGAAUUUGACAAAAAAGUAGCUUGGAUUAGAUGAGACUGGUCAGUAUAAGGCAAAAGUAAAUCAUCAUCAAAACAAAUUCAGGUUCCUCAAGUGUCUUAGUGAUGCAAACGUUAGCAGUCUCAUUUUCACUCGAAUGAGAGCUGCUUGUUGUGAAUUCGGAACCAUAUUUUUUAUUGUCCCUUUUUUCCUUGUUAAUUUUGUUGCUAUACAUAGUCAAAGAUGAAAAUUGCCCUUCAAAUAAAGGAAAUAAUGGACAGCUGCUGACAAGGUGGAAGCCAUUUGCCCAAAGAAGCUCUAUGGAGGCUGCACUGCUUAAAGAAAUUCUAUUUGAAUCAGAUAGCAGGUGGGGUUGUAUUGUCUGUAACGCUGUGUGAAUAAAGCGAUGGGCCUAUUAUAACAGGUA